AUGGGAUGCUUUCAGAAGCGUGCUGCCAUGGUGAUUGUGUUCGGCUUCCUCCUAGCUUGUGAAGCUGGAGUCGUUUCCGGUGAUCCUCCAUCUCCCUCCGCAGUGGAUCAUGAGAAGACGGUGGUGCACAUGCGCAAGCUACUCAACAUCACUGCUGCCGGCACUGCGGCGACAGAGGAGGAGCUGAUGAUGGGGCUCGAGGAGUGCUCGGAGCAAGCCGUGGUGCUGUCCCAGGACAGCGAGGGCCCUAUGCCGAACGGCAUCGCGUCCUACAGCGUGGCAAUCACCAACACCUGUCUGAGCCGCACGGUGCGCGAAGUCCACGUCUCCUGCGGCGAGUUCGCCUCCACGGAGCUCGUCAACCCGAACGACUUCCGGCGUGUCGCUGUCGGCGACUGCCUCGUCAGAAACGGAGGUGCCAUGGGGCCGGGCGAGACCGUCGCCUUCGAGUACUCUAACUUGUUUAAGUACCAGCUCGACGUCGUCUCAGUCUCCUGCAGCUAG